UACCAGAGUUACUGCUAAGUGUUGGUCAGGCUCUUCCUUUGCUCUUUCCCACUCUUGCACGCUCCGUAAAACCCCCAAGGUUUCAGCCAUGGAGACAAUGCUGAGAUCUCUGCUAACUUUCGCAGUCUUCAUUCUUCUCUUCUCCCACAUUUCAGUUGAGAUAUCAGCAACAACAAUAACACUCUACAACAAGUGCCCUCACCCAGUGUGGCCAGGGAUCCAACCAAGUGCUGGAAAGCCUCUUUUAGCCCGCGGUGGCUUCAAGCUUCCACCCAACAAGGCCUACUCCAUGCGUCUCCCUUCCCUCUGGUCAGGUCGUUUCUGGGGUCGCCACGGCUGCUCCUUUGAUACCUCUGGACGCGGCCGCUGCGCCACAGGGGACUGCGGUGGCUCCCUGUUCUGCAAUGGCCUUGGGGGUACCCCUCCUGCAACCCUGGCGGAAAUCACCCUCGGUCAGGAGCAAGAUUUUUACGACGUCAGCUUGGUGGAUGGGUACAACAUAGCCAUGUCAAUAACUCCUUUUAAAGGAUCAGGCAAAUGCAGCUAUGCUGGGUGCGUUAGUGACUUGAACUUGAUGUGCCCUGUUGGUUUACAAGUGAGAUCAAGGGAUAACAACAGAGUAGUGGCUUGCAAAAGUGCUUGCUUUGCUUUCAACUCGCCAAGGUAUUGCUGCACUGGGAACUUUGGGAGUCCUCAGUCUUGCAAGCCAACUGCCUAUUCGAAGAUUUUCAAGGCUGCUUGUCCAAAAGCUUAUUCCUAUGCUUACGAUGAUCCCACCAGCAUUGCCACUUGCUCCCGGGGCAGCUAUUUGGUCACUUUCUGCCCCCAUCACCGCUAGAUUUUAGGCUAAUCGGUCCAUAAUCAUUUGUUAUUUUAUACAGUACUCACUAAUUAGCAUCAAAUUUGGAUGUUAUAUCUACUCCUGUUCUCUCCAAUCUCUAUAUUAUAUUGCUUUCUCUGUAGUGGGCUUUUAUUAACAGAAACAUUAUAUUAUAUGUAUGGCGAAUUUGUCUGCUUUUCUGCUUAGA